AUGCCAACAUCGUGGGCUGAUUCAGUUGAGAAUGCGGCACCCGUUGGUGGUGUAGGGACAACAUCCACUCAGUCCCAUGGAGGUCGAUCGGCUUAUGUUCCCCCGCAUCUUAGAAAUAGGCCGCCCUCAUCAGACGUGUCAACAGCUCCUGUUUCCUAUGCCACUUCUGCUUUGGGUAAUGACCGCUCGGGAUACAGUGGUCUGUCCGCAGGUGGGAGUCAUUCCGGUGGUCCUAGAGGUGGUGGUGGUGGACGCAUUGGUGGUGGUUGGAACAAUAGAAGUGGUGGUUGGGAUCGUGGAAGGGAAAGGGAGGUGAAUCCUUUUGGAGAUGAUUCUGAUACAGAACUGGCAUUUGGUGAUCAAGAGAAUACAGUCAUCAAUUUUGAUGCUUAUGAGGAUAUUCCAGUGGAGACUAGUGGGGAAAAUGUUCCUCCUCCUGUGAAUACAUUUGCAGAUAUUGAUCUAGGUGAAGCAUUGAACCAGAAUAUUAGGAGAUGCAAGUAUGUGAAGCCAACCCCUGUGCAGCGGCAUGCAAUACCAAUCUCAAUCGCCGGCCGAGAUCUGAUGGCUUGUGCUCAGACUGGUUCUGGAAAGACAGCUGCCUUUUGCUUUCCCAUAAUUAGUGGAAUCAUGAGGGGUGACCAGUUUGCUCAGAGACCGCCACGCAUGCCACGUAUGGCAUUUCCACUGGCUCUCAUUCUUUCACCGACAAGGGAGCUUUCAUGCCAAAUUCAUGAUGAAGCUAAGAAAUUUGCAUAUCAAACUGGUGUCAGGGUGGUUGUUGCUUAUGGUGGUGCACCCAUUAAUCAACAGCUUCGAGAACUUGAGAGAGGUGUGGAUAUACUUGUGGCAACUCCUGGACGCUUGGUUGAUUUAUUGGAAAGAGCAAGACUCUCAUUGCAAAUGAUUAGAUAUUUAGCCCUAGAUGAGGCAGAUAGAAUGUUGGAUAUGGGUUUUGAACCUCAAAUAAGGAAAAUUGUCCAACAAAUGGACAUGCCUCCUCCUGGCAUGAGACAGACAAUGCUGUUUAGUGCCACUUUCCCGAAAGAGAUACAGACACUGGCUGCAGAUUUUCUAUCUGGUUACAUCUUUUUGGCUGUUGGAAGAGUUGGUUCUAGUACUGAUUUGAUUGUCCAAAGAGUUGAAUAUGUUCAUGAGAGUGAUAAAAGAAGUCAUUUAAUGGACCUCCUUCAUGCACAGAAGGCAAAUGGUGUCCAUGGCAAGCAAGCUCUUACACUGGUUUUUGUGGAGACGAAGAAGGGUGCUGAUUCACUCGAACAUUGGCUUUGUAUCAACGGCUUCCCUGCCACUGCUAUUCAUGGUGACAGAACACAACAGGAGAGAGAACAAGCUUUGCGAUCAUUUAAAAGUGGCAUGACUCCAAUUUUGGUUGCGACAGACGUGGCAGCACGUGGUCUUGAUAUCCCUCAUGUAGCACACGUCGUGAACUUUGAUCUUCCAAACGACAUUGAUGAUUAUGUCCACCGUAUAGGACGCACUGGCCGUGCAGCCAGAUCGACCUAUGGGAAAAAUCGACGUGGAGGAGGCCGAUUUGGUUCUCGUGAUUUCCGAAGGGAUUCAUCCUUCAGUCGAGGUGGUACUGACUACUACGGUGUGGGGAACAUGGGAAAUAACUACGGUGCUUCUGGUGGUUAUGGCGGAGCUUCUGGUCCUGGUGUGACUAGUGCAUGGGACUAA